AUGCUUUCUUACGUUCUUACCACCGCUCUCCUGUUAGCUGAGCUGGCUUACAGCCAUCGACUGCAUGGACUUCACGGUCGCGUGCCUGCUAGGUAUCCAGUCUCGCACGGUCCUGGAACGCACGCAGACUUCACCAAGCGAAACUCGGAGAACGUCUUCGUGCCCAUUUCUCACGAUCGGCCUAUCCUGGUCCCAACACGUAAUGAUCACCCGCAAAAGCCGGUCGGCGUCAAGGGGGACGGACCAAUUCAAACCAACAAGUUUUACGCCAACUUCUUCGCCGGCAAGCAAGACAAUGCCACCUGGACGCACCCUUAUUCAGUUUGGUGGUCCAAUGACACGGCCAAACAUGGUCAUGGACUGUCAGUGUCCCAUACGGACCGUAGCGAUUUCAUCUACGGUCCAGGGCACCCUGUGCAGUCAUUCGAGGACCCUUUCUUCCAGCAAUCAAUCGCCCUUUCUGCCCGGGAGCUCCAGAAUGGCACGUUCUUGACAACGGACACGUUGACAGCUUUUGCCGUCAACGUCAACCUUGCACCCAGGAAAGGCGCCAAGCCAACGAUUUCGUUCCCACUUGUUCAGGGAAUGGCUUUCGUAACCGGUGUUUAUAAUGAUGCCACUGUUCUCAUUCAGUCUCAGAAGCAUUUCUCGAACAUAACCGAUCUUCGACUAGACUCUUAUGGACUCGAUUCUUCUGUGUACGGUUGGAGUGCUCGGCUGAACGAUGGGUCAAGCUGGUUGAUCUAUGUUAGCCCAAGCGAAUCUUCUCAGAGACCAACUCUCAAAAUGAUGGACAAAGGGACGCUUCUAGGACCUCGGGGCUUCACUGGAACAGUGCAAGUUGCUAAGAACCCCAGUGGAACGUCUGGUGUCGAGAUUUUCAACAAGGCCGCUGGAGCGUAUCCUGUGGGUGCCACAAUCUCUGGCUCCGUUUCGGGCAAAACAGGAACGUACACACUCGCUUGGAAGAAGAAGGGCGUCACGCAAAGCCCACUGUUAAUGUUCGCCUUACCUCAUCAUGUCAAGUCCUUUGAUAAGGAGACUGCCAGAGGCCUCACGAAUGUCACCUUGGCCAGUACCACCAAGGGCAUCGCAACUGCUACGUUUGCUGAUGGUUUCACCAUGAUCGAGGACGACCUUCCGACCGACAUCAGCUUCGAUCCGUGGUCGCCUCGUUUGGGCUCUGUGGGAUCCAAAGGCGCUUCAGGCGGCACAAUCUCGGACGAAGCCAAAGCCGCUGUGAUUGAAGCCGCAAAGAUCGAGCUUACCCGCGACAUCGUCACACUCACUAACCUAACAUCCAAAUACUACGGCGGCAUAGCCUUUUCUGUGUACGCAAGGGCGCUCUAUGCUGUUCACGAAAUAGCUGGGGAUACUUCGUUCAAGGAUGAGGCACUGCGCAAGCUCGAGACCGCAUUCGACCGUUAUGUCAAUAACCUGGAGCCGAACCCCCUGUUCUAUGAUGACGUGUGGAAGGGCCUCGUCUCCUCUGGAUCGUACGGCAACAACGACUCGGGGAUUGACUUUGGCAACACGUACUACAACGACCACAACUUCCACUACGGCUACUACGUCUACACUGCCGCAAUCAUCGCUUAUUUUGAUCCGUCCUGGUUGACGAGGAAUGACGGUCUCAACAAGCUUUGGGUCAACAACCUGAUCCGGGACUGGUCCAACCCCUCCACCGAAGAUCCCUUUUUCCCCUUCUCCCGCUCUUUCGACUGGUUUCAUGGCCACAGCUGGGCGCGUGGCGUGCUCGAGGCCCCUGACGGUAAGGACCAGGAAUCUUCUGCCGAGGAUGCCUUCUCGACGUACGCCAUCAAAAUGUGGGGGCACAUCACAGGCGAUGUUCAUGCCGAGGCCCGCGGCAACCUCCAGCUCGCCGUCACUGCCCGCAGCUUGCAGUCAUACUUCCUCCUGGCUAGCGACAAUGAUGUACAGCCGCCCAACUUCGUCGAUAACCGCGUGACGGGAAUUCUCUGGGAUAGGAAGAUCAACCACACCACCUACUUCGGCGACGAGAUCGCCUACAUCCAGGGCAUUCACAUGCUACCGAUCGUCCCCAGCAGUGCAUAUGUUCGGACGGCCUCGUUCGUACGCGAGGAGUGGGACCAGUACUUCGCGGGCAACAAGAGCGGCUCUCUCACAGCAGCCGGCUUCGCAGGGCAUGUUUACGUCAACCUUGCCAUCGCAGAUAAGCCGGGUGCGGUGGAGAGCUACCAGUUCAUGAAGAGUCUGACGCCGAGCAGCCCUUACCUCGAUGGGGUGAGCCUGACAUGGAACAUUGCGUACACCGCUGCCCUGGGUGGAAGUCUGGGCUCCAACUCUACUGCGAACUUGGCAAUCAGGGAGUCAUCUUGA